AUGCACAACGCCUCGUUCCUGGAGCCCGGGCCCGCGAACGCAUCGUGCAGGGGCCCGGCGCUGGGCUGCGCCAACGCGUCGAGCCUGGCGCCGCUGCCUUCGCAGCUGGCUGUGGCGGUGCCGGUAGUGUACUCGGCGAUCUGCGCCGUGGGGCUGGCGGGCAACUCCGCGGUGCUGUACGUGUUGCUGCGGGCGCCCCGCAAGAAGACCGUCACCAACCUGUUCAUCCUCAAUCUGGCCAUCGCCGACGAGCUGUUCACGCUGGUGCUGCCCAUCAACAUCGCCGACUUCCUGCUGCGGCGGUGGCCCUUCGGGGAGAUCAUGUGCAAGCUCAUCGUGGCCAUCGACCAGUACAACACCUUCUCCAGCCUCUACUUCCUCGCCGUCAUGAGCGCCGACCGCUACCUGGUGGUGCUGGCCACCGCCCGGUCGCGCCGCGUGGCUGGCCGCACCUACGGCGCCGCGCGCGCGGUGAGCCUGGCUGUGUGGGGGCUCGUCACCCUGGUCGUGCUGCCCUUCGCCGUCUUCGCCCAGCUUGACGACGAGCAGGGCCGGCGCCAGUGCGUGCUGGUCUUCCCGCAGCCGGAGGCCUUCUGGUGGCGGGCGAGCCGCCUCUACACGCUCGUGCUGGGCUUCGCCAUCCCGGUGUCCACCAUCUGCGUGCUCUACGCCGCCCUGCUGUGCCGGCUGCGCGCCAUGCGGCUGGACAGCCACGCCAAGUCCCUGGAGCGCGCUAAGAAGCGGGUCACCCACCUGGUGGUGGCGAUCGUGGCCGUGUGCCUCGUCUGCUGGACGCCCUACCACCUGAGCACCGUGGUGGCGCUCACCGCCGACCUCCCGCAGACGCCGCUCGUCAUCGCCAUCUCCUACUUCAUCACUAGCCUGAGCUACGCCAACAGCUGCCUCAACCCCUUCCUCUACGCCUUCCUGGACGACGGCUUCCGCAGGAGCCUCCGCCAGCUCAUGGCCUGCCGCCCGGCCGCCUGA